GUCUGCGAGGUGCCAGAUCUGCGCCCGGGCGCCGGCGAGCUCCGCGAGGGCUCGGUCCUGACGUUGCCGGUGCUCCCGCUGCGGAGGGUCCCGCUGCCCCUCUCGGAGCACAGGCUGCCGGCCUCCCAGCCAGAGCAGCGGCGGCUCUACGACGACCUGCUGCAGAGCGGCAAGAGGGACUUCGUCGGCGCGCUGUCGUACGGUGGGCGGCUUGCGCGGAUAGGCGUGCUGCUGCACCUUCAGGAGCUCUCCGAGCUGCCCGGCAUGCCAGGGCCCGGCCGUCCGCUGUGGGUGGGGCGCCUCGGCGCGGCGGGCCGCGUGCGCCUGCUGUGCGCGCAGAACCCGGAGGCGUGGUUCGGCAGGUCGAGCUACCUGCGCGCCACCGUCGAGCUCCUCGACGGGGCCGGCGAGGCCGCGGCGGCGCCAGCAGCAGGCGCGCAGGCCACCGCGGCGGCCGCCGCGACCCGUGCCGAGGAGGAGGGCUGCCCCGAACUGCGCGCGCUGCGCGGGUCCCUGCACCAGGUGCGCGCGCUGCAGGCGCGGCUCCGCGAGGAGGCGCAGCUGCGGCCGUGCCGCUGGGAGGAGCAGGGCAUCUGGGCGGUGUGCGACGCCUGGCGCGAGUUCGCCGAGGCGCGGCUGCGGCGGCAGUGCCGCAGGCAGCUGGAGCGCGUGGUCGAGCGGUGGGGGGAGCGCUGCCCCGACGGGUACCGGACCGUCCGGCAGGGGAGGGGCUCGUACCCCGUGGGGGUCAGCCAGGAGAUGGGGCGGCUCCGCGACGCCUUCGCCGCGCGGCGUGCCGAGCUGGGCCUGCUGCUGCAGCGGGUGCUCGAGGGCCCGGACCUGCGCUCGCAGGCGCAGGCGAUGCGCGCGAUUGUGGAGCACGAGCACAAGCGGCUUCUGGCUAAGAAGGCCCUCGCCGGCAUCGCCGACAAGCUCAAGGCCAUCGACCUGAGCCAGCAAGGGCUCGACGUCGCAGGUAUUGCACAGCAGCUCGGCCGGUCCUCGCACUGGGUGAGGCGAGCAACACGUCACCCUGAGACUGGGGAUCUCCGCGUACGAUUCGAUGCCACAGGCAACAGCAUUAGCCAACCGGGGAGGUUCGUGGCAGAGUACAAAGGCGGCUUCUCAAGUACAAGCAGGUACCUCUUGGUCAAAUUGCCGCAGGUGGCAUUCAUAGGCACAUCGCUAGCGAAGAAGGACAAGAUGUACUCGCUAGAUGCGGGGCUCCUGGAUGGCACGUCAAUCCUGCAGGUUGCCCUGCUGUCUGCAGCCGUGCGGCUCGUGCAGUACGACCGCCAGACCCCGAGAUGCCGCGUGCCGAGGAGCGGCGAGGAGCGCCGCAGUGCCGCCCCGGUGGGCGCGGGCGGGGAGCAGGGCGGCAGAGCGGGCAAGGGGCCCGGCGGCCGGCAGGGCACCAAGCACACGCACAGGUGCGGCUUCCUCUGCCAGGCGAAUUUCAUCCAGACCACAGCAUCCGCCACCGUGAAGCACCGCGACGUGGGCGGGAGAGUCCUGGCGGCGAUGUUGCUGGCGCCGUGCAUGACUCCCGGCCAUGGACAGGCCCCGGCGCUGUGCCCGGCCGGGCCACGCAGUCACCUCGGCAGCCCGGCACAGGAGGAGGUCGCCUGCGGCGUGGGCGACCUGGCCGAGCACGAGGAGAGCCACCAGCCGCUGUUGCGCCCUCCGCAGGCCCUGGGCGCCUUGUCGCCGAGCUGCGCCGCGCGGGCCGGGCGGGAGCUGGCCACGGAGCAGCGGAAGGCCGUCGAGGACGCGGUGUCGCUCAUCCAGCGCUGGUCGAACGUCUUGCGGAGCCGGCGCGAGGACAACAAGGCGGAGACCUCGGAGGUGCUGCGGGAGACCUGCCAGACAUUGGGGGAGCUCGCGACGGGGCUGGAGCAGGCCUGGAGCCAGAGCUUCCCGGGGGAGCCGUGCCCGCCGUGGGCGGUGGAGGCCAUCCCCGAGGAGGAGUUUGCGCGGAUAGGCUGGGACUUCCACGCCAACCGGGUCCAGAUCAGGAGAACACGGGCGGCUCCCUGUGGGAGUCCGUGUCCUACCUCCUGA